UAUAAAUAGUUCGUAACAAGGGGGGAAAUCUCCCUGUUCCUAAAUUCCCCUCAUUGAAUUCACAUAGAAAAGAGUGAAGCGACUGAAUCGAAAUCGAUCGAUCGAUCGUCCGAGCCUCGGAGAUCCGUUGAAUUCGACUUGAUCGUUGGUUAGGUUAGUCGAAUCGGAGUUCGGAAUCGGAUCGCAAUCCCUAAUUUGGCAGAAUUUGGGGGAGAAAAGCCUCAUCGAUGCAGGAUCAUAGCGAGUUUCAGAGCAAUGCGGUAUCGAGUUCAUCCAAUGCAUCGCCGGAGAAUCUCGAAGAUGCUAUCUGGAAGUUGAAACUUGAGGAAAACAAUCAGGUGGGUAAUCAAAACCCUUACCCUGAUCGACCCGGAGCGCCGGAUUGCAUAUAUUAUUUGAGGACAGGGCUAUGUGGUUAUGGGGGCAACUGUAGAUACAAUCAUCCAAAUUAUAAUGGACAAGGAACUCAGGAUCGAGGGGAACUGCCGGAAAGAGUAGGGCAACCUGAUUGCCAGUAUUUUCUGAAGACAGGGACCUGCAAAUUUGGAGCAACAUGCAAAUAUCAUCACCCACAAGAGAGGUACGACCUACAACCCGCUCCACUGAACAUUCUGGGGCUGCCAAUGCGCCAGGAUGAAAAGUCGUGUCCAUAUUACAUGAGAACUGGAUCCUGUAAAUUUGGAUUUGCCUGUAAAUUCAAUCAUCCUCCGCCUGCCACACUAGGCCCUGUAUUUUCUGUGGGGCCAUCUGCCUACGGUUCAACUGGACCUUAUGUGGCACCUCCAUCAAGUCUUCCCUUUAUUGGAGGACUUUCAGCAUGGCCUUCAGCAAGACCUUACUUACCCAGUUCAAGAAUGCAAGAUCUCCCAGCUUAUAUGCCAGUUUUCCUUCCAUCCUCCCAAGGCACUAUACCAGUACAGCAGGGUUGGGCUACUUACAUGGGUCAUGCAAGCCAAAUUCCAUCUACUGAGGUUCUUGGACCUACACAGGUAUCCAAUACUAAUCUUCAUGCACAAUCUAGUUCAAGCACUGUAAUAAAUCUCCCAGAGAGGCCAGACCAACCCGAAUGCCAACAUUACAUGAAAACUGGUAUCUGCAAAUAUGGAGAAACCUGCAAGUAUCAUCACCCAAAAGAAAGGUAUUUAGAAAGUUCUAUUACUCUUGGACCAUCAGGGCUUCCUCUGAGACCAGGUCAUGGAAUCUGUACAUUCUACAGUGUGUAUGGAAGCUGCAGAUACGGUUCAGCUUGCAAAUUUGACCAUCCGGUGAUGGGAUCCUAUGACUAUGCGAUGCCUGCUCACUUUCCUUCCAGCCAGAGUAAUUUACCUCUGCAAGUGACAUGGGCAUCAACACCAGAGGCUCCUUCUUCAAAAACAUCCAAGUUAACUGAUCAAAUCAAGAAAUCCAGUGAGAAAAACAAUGUUGAAGAGAAUGUGGCUUCCGAUAACCAGAAUGAGCAUGUUACUGUUCCACCGUCAACAAAUACUGAAGCUUCUUCUGAUUCUUCGCAAAUUCACUCGAAUUGAACAUUCAUCCCGUUGCAUAUUUUAUCCAUUUUGGGUUGUUCCUGAAUUGAAAUUUGGGUACUGCCUCCUCGUCUCAUCCUUAUUUUUGUCCGCGGCUAAAUUAUCUUAUGCAAGAUCUUUACUGGUUCUUGGUGACAACUCGACUCCUCUCCUAAGCCUUUUUUGUGGUGUGAAUGAAGAUUCUGGCGAAGGUGCAAGUUCCUGUUAAAUUAUACACCAGAUUUAUUCCGUUACUUCAAAAAAGAAUUGUGAACUGAGAAGUAGGACGUUCAGUAUAUUUGCUUUUGUUCAAAAUGUUACACAUGAGGUUGAGUUUUGUCAAAAUAAUGAGUUAAUUUCUAAAGAAUUACAGUUCAUAGUCAACCA